GUGUGUUUGAAUUUUUAAGGAAUUCAACUUGAUCUCUUUGUGGAAAUUUCAUUUAAUUGCAUUUUUAAUUAAAUUUCUUUGACGGUUUUUCAGAACUCUUGAAACGAUUAAUCAUCUACAAAACCCUCAACGAGUAAUAUCUUUUCUUAUGAACUUAGAAAUUGCACGUCCCCCGACCGUUAAAUAAAUCAAGUAAUUUUUCAGUUCCAAACAAAUGGAACAUUUCCUGUGAAUGACUCGCUGUUGAAAAUUCCAUUAUUUUUCCUUGAAUUUACAUGAGUAACAGCUUAACGAUGUGCAUCCAAGAGCCCUUUACUCAACAAUUUCCCGAGUUGGGCUGCAUUAACUUGUGGACCAGCCGAUAAUUUCGAUGAUUGUGAUUUAUGCCACCACAUCCCGAGAAAAUUUCAUUCCGCCUCCUCUUCCUCAUCUCGCAUGCGUCCCACGCACAGUGCUAUAUUGUCUCCCUUGUUCGUUGACUGUAGCCACCAAGAUCACUCAAAAACAUCAUUAUCAGAAUAUCAGCAGAUAAUAUUAUAUGGUGAAUUCGUAAGGAACUUUAGCAUUUUCAUAGUGCAUGUUGUGCCAGACAGAGAAUAGUCCGUGGUCGAGUUCUAGUUCUAUGUUAAAGUCAGCCCAAUGGCGUGGGCAUGAGAUGAGGGGGAUAAAGACAUCGUUGAGAUACAUGACGCUAUAUUUGAUACACUGACGGUGGAUUACUAGGGUAUCACGAACAUGUGGUCUCAAUGAAAUUGUAAUACAGCUUCUUAUCGUUGAUACAGCUCAGAUGGAUGGACCCCACCCUGUUUAUUUUGAGUUAUGGCCACCUGGUUUGUACUUCCGGUUUGGAAAUCAACAAGGGGAGGUGUGCGAUACGUCGGGAUGUGCGAUGUAUUACUGGAUUUUAAAUUCUUUGAGGGUAUUUCCGGAGGUUCUGAUUAUUCCACGAAUUGAUUUGAGGAAUUGUCAGUUCUCCAACCAAAGCUACAAUUUUCGGGAUAAUCUUGUCUGUGGAAAAAAUUAAGCUCUGCAAAGAAAACUUCAGCAGGAAAUAUUUUUAUUUGAUUCUAAAGCUUGAAUACUUAUAAAAAAUCAUGGUUAGAAAUAAUGUAUUGAAGAAAUGAUAUUUUUGACGCUCCUUAAAAAGUUGUAGCGAUAGCCUCUUGACUCUGUCAUAAUAUGCAAACAUCCCAGAUUUCAGGUGAGCGAAAUAAGUUUCAAGUGAAGUUUCUCUUGAAUUUUUAAACGAAACUUGAAAUUUUAUGAGCCCUUUCUCUCCAAGUAGAAUUUAAUACCUCUUCACUGGAAAUUACUGCUAGAAUGCCCAUAAAUUUCCCUUUCUUGUACCAUCCUUUAAAAAUAUGUUCUCAAACUUCAGAUUCUCAUCUCAAGGAAUUUUCAAAGUUAAUAAGGAAAAAUAAAUCAUAACUCGCAGUGAUUUUCAUGCCAUAUUACCUCUGAAAUUUCACAUAAUCUGAUAAUUAGAGUCGGAUAAAUAUGUUUUGCAUCAUUGCGGGUUUAUUUCUCAUUUCAGUUUUAAUUGAGAACUUUACCGAAUACAAUUAAAUGAUUAUUUGUGAACAAAAAUGAAAUAUAUUCUUCAUUUUAUAUUCAAUCAACGGAUCAUAUAAUAGGGGGUAAUGAUGAAUAAAUUUUUAUGCGAAAAUUAAAACGUCUGCGAUGCUACGCACAUGGUCUAAUGCCACUUGAUAAUUUCAUUCUCAACUUCCAUACCACAUGGAUCUUCCUUGGUGCAAGAAACUCCGGGUUGUCUGUUAAAAAUCGUUUGAAACCAAUGGGCAACUGGUAGCUCACAAAACUGGCGCCAAGAAACUUCACAAGACCACGUCGAAUGCUCUCUCUUCUGUCUCGGAUAUCCGACGCCGUAUUCCUUUUUUACUGUCAGUUUGUGUACAUCAACGGAUCUUGUGCCCCAACUGCUGGGUAUGUUUGACGAGUUGGCGCGUAAGGAGCAAGCAAAUAAUCACAGUGGUGAUCAAAUACCAGCAGCAAUACAGAAGCGUCUCAGUCUGGUUGCAUCGCAUUCUCAACGUAACACCAUAUUCGGUCAGAUCUGUAGUGCAGGAUACACGGAAAAGCAUCUGACGAUGGAGGAGAAUCAAAUGCCAGAAGUAACUGUUUGCCACGGUCUCGAGGAGAAUAAGGGGACAAAGGGAUGCACGAUGAUUAACAACUGCAUUACCAAGACAAAGUAUAACAAUAAUAGAUUAGCACCGGAGCAAGGACUGUGCGGGAGGCAGAAGAAGCAACUUGGAAGGCCACUAUCGGGCAGUUCAAUUGCUUCCAGUACUUCGUCCAGUGGUGGCAGUAAUCAAGAAAAUACUGUUUCCGCCAAUCCGUAUUUGGCUUCUGUCGAGUCAUUGGCCGAUGCUUGUGCCAGUUCACAAGUAUCCGGUGACAGUGGGGUAGGAGCUGGCUCGGCAGAAGAACCUCACUGCUUGCUUCUGCGAGAGGCCAUAAAUCGUAGAAAAACAAUUCCCCAAGAAUCAGUAUUUCGCAACACCGUAGAAAGAGUCUUGUUAGAGAUUGUGGAUACGGAGGCAAUUUACGUCGAGCAUCUCUGCCAGGUUAUCCAAGGAUAUCUGAUAGUCUGGCGGGAUGACCCAAAUUCUCUCCUCACCCAGUUUGAAUUGUCUAACUUAUUCAACAAUAUUGAGGACAUAUUUAGCUUCAAUAGUCAGUUUUUGAAGGAAAUUAAAGAAUGUCAGUUGAAGCCCAUUCUCGUGGCGAACACCUUCAUCAAGCACAAUUCUGGUUUCAAAGUGUACACCGAGUACUGUACCAAAUACCCCAGAGCUGUGUCGAUACUAACGGAGCUGAUGAGCCGAGAGGAAACUGCAAAGGCCUUCCGCGAGAGACAGGAAGCCCUGGGGCAUGCCCUACCCCUCGGUUCGUUCCUUCUCAAGCCUGUUCAGAGGAUACUCAAGUAUCAUCUUCUGCUGGAGAAUUUGUCGAAGGAAUUCGAGGCCGACGACGCCGGGAGGAACUUCAACGAGGGCAAGAGCACCAUUGAUGAGGCACUCAAGGCCAUGACUGGAAUUGCUGAGCACAUCAAUGCCAUGAAACGCAAGCACGAACAUGCUGUCAGGGUUCAGGAGAUUCAGUCGCUGCUUUAUGGAUGGACUGGGGCUGAUUUGACCACCAAUGGUGAGCUCAUCGCUGAGGGGAGGUUCAGGAUGAGGGGGGCUAAAGCACCCAGGCAUGCUUUCCUCUUCGAACGAAUGCUCUUACUUACAAAGAAGAAGGAGGACGGAUUGCUUGUUUAUAAAGCUCAUAUUAUGUGUUCAAAUCUAAUGUUAAUCGAGAGUAUACCAGGAGAGCCAUUUAGUUUCCAUGUCAUUCCCUUUGAUAAUCCAAGGUUGCAGUACACUUUGCAGGCACGAAACUUGGAGCACAAAAGGGAAUGGACCCUCCAAAUAAAACGAGUAAUGCUGGAGAACUACAACGCGGUGAUACCCAUCCACGCCCGCCAAUUGGUGCUCCAGCUGGGUCAAUCUCAUCACGAUGACGAGGCUACCACUGAAAAAAUAUCAAUGAAAAAAUUGUAUACAUCGCCACCCGAGUACCUGGAGCGACGAAAGCAGGAGAAAGACCGGCGAAGAUCGGAGGCUGGAAUGGGGCCAAAAUCGAAGAAAAACAUUGCCAAAUUCGACGGUAAUUCGACUGAAAGUCCGUCCUUCUCCUCCUCUUCAUCGACCUCAUCCUCGUCCUCUGGUCAACGAGAGCAGGGUCUGAACAGAUCGCUGGACGGUCGAGCUUUAAAAGUGAAGGACAGACUGACUAAUUGGCGGAGAAAAUCCGAGCCUGGUUUCCAAUCGUAUGUGUCCUUCAACAAUUCCGACAAUGAUGAGGAAAAAGAGAAGGACAUUAACGAAAAAGCGAAUAACAGCAUUAACAAUCAAAAUAAUCUCCCUGGAAAUUCAUCGCCCACAGAAGCGAUCAAUUGUCCAAUCCCCGAGGAUCGAAGGGAGGAAAACAUGAAGAACAAUCUGGCCCCAAAUAAAGAUGUGAAUAUGGAGCCCCAGACAGUCGAGCAGAUAGUGGGUCACAUUCUCAUGCAGAACGAGGAAUUCCAGAAGCUCUUGGAGAAGCAGAGGAACAACAGUAUGACCAACGUUAGGCAACAGCAACGUUUUCAUAAGGACCAGCAGAUGAACACUCCCAUGGAUACCUCCGAGGAGAGUGACAAUUGCGACAGCUACCCCUCGAACCCAAUAAACAACAGGAUGAGAUUGAACAGAAUAACUGGUGCCAAUAGGGAGAGAAGAGAGUACAGAUCAAUGCGCUCCAACAACAGCUCCUGGACUAGUCGAUACCAGUCGGACAAAAGUCCAGGGUCUCAGCUGCGCCUGCAGUACAAUAACUUCAAAGCUGAUACUGACCAGCCAAAGCCCCAGGAUAAGACAUUCAAGCGUCAGACCAUUCUGACGGAGAGUAAAAUAAUAAAAACAGCUCUGAGAAUAAACGACGACUCGAGGGAGGAGGGUAAAGUCGACUGUCCAACACGUCCCUCAGUCUGGCUGACUCAACUCUGUGAGGACCUGCCAACGUCACCCCAUAAAUCAGGAUCACUGCCUCGGAGUUUUCAGAUUAAUCCAGAGCCUCGGGAAAAUUAUUCUCAGGAGAAGAUCGACAAAUCCAGGUUCCUGCAGAGGGAUGGGAAGCCGUUCAACGAGAGGCCAUUUACGAUAGCCUCUGAUAAGCCAGCUGACAUCAGCCUCGAGGAUAUGGAGAGGUACAACUCGUACCAGUCGGAGGAGCAGAUCAAUCAGCUGUCGAAUUCAGAUCUCAAUUCCGCUUCGACGUUCUUCUGUUCCCUAGAGGAUAAUUCAACAGUGGACUCUGAUUCUGACAGGAUCCAUCCGGAUCACAGAAUAUACAGGAGCACAAUGCUAAAGAAUGUCCUUUCAAAGGCUGGCAGCCGUCUUCAAGGAUUAAGGCUAACUCUCAGCACGGAAGCACUAGAGUCUAGUGAUCCUGCUGAUAGCAAGUCAAGGAGUCACAAGGGAAAGAAGAGGAGUAAGUCCAAACUGUUGAGAAUCUCCAGGGAGAGCUCUACUGAUGUCGAUGAGCCCACUGGCUGUGUACCCAUCAGGUCCUCCGAGGGAAAAAGUGUGUCAUCAUUAUGGUAUCAGCAGGGGAGUGAGGGAUUGGGGGCCAGGAUUGCUCAGGCUGAUUAUGCUGAUCCAUCUGUCCUUUUUGGGGCAUAUUUCGAGGGGAAGGCAGAGAGGGAACGAGCUGCCAGGAAUGAUGAGAAAUACUGUGAGGAUGAGGCUGCGGAAGAUUGCCAGGAGGUUGACGUCAAAGAGUCUGAUUGCUUCUACGAGAAAUCCUUCGAGAGCAUCGAGGAUUAUGCGACUCUCACCCAUAAUGAGGGAAAGGACGAUGCUUUCAGGGACAGUGCAAUAUUCAGUGAUGAUGAGGGGAAGGGGGAAGGUGGAGAUAUAUUUGGAAGGAAGUCGGAGGGGAAGAAAAUUCCACCCCCUGUGCCGGUGAAGAAACAUUGCCUCAAGGAGAUGACUAAGAGGGGUAAGCCUAGCAUUGCUGCUAAACCCGAGGGAUUAAAAGUGAGGCCCGUUGGGGACAGGAGGAGCGAGGGUACAGGUGUCAAAUGCAUCAGAGUCAGUCUGGUGCAGGGGGACCAGGGUGGGACGGUUGGGGAGGUCAAUGAUAUCUCAGCGGGACAGAGCCAGGUUGGCUGGGUCAAGAGGAUGGUCGGACAACUUCAAGCACAAAUCGAGGCAUAGUCCUGGAGAGUUCAAGUGGUGAGCUUUUUUGUUUGAGGGGAAAACAGUCACUCAAUUAUCUGUUCAAAAAUUGUAGUUAAAAUUAUCCAUAUGUAAACAUUCAUCCAUUUAGAGGAUUUUUAGAGCAAUUUUGCAAGAUUUGUUUAAAAAAUAGACUGAUGAUAUAAUUCUAUUAAAAAUCACCUUUUUAAAACGGGUUUCAUAAAUUAACCAGAUUCACCCUAUUUUACCCUCUUGCCCCUCAAAUAGUUACAGAAUUUCGCAGCAACCACGUAAACUCAAGUAGACUACUCCACCACUGUCCACCAAUAGACUCUAGUAUUCGAGAUAUUUAAUGAAAUUAUAAUUAAAAUUCAGCAAUGAACAAGACGAUAGAUACUGUUGCGUUUUAUUGGGAGAAUUUUUCCUUUCUAUUUACAAUUUAAUUUUUGCUAGUCGUGUUUAUACAUAAUACAAUCAUUGUAAAUAACUGACAAAUAAGAAAUAGUUAAAUACUGUCAUUUAUUUUUUCUACUCAUUAAGGAUAACGAAAAUCACGAUUUGGGUAUUCAAACAACGUAUUUUGAAAAAAUGUUUGAAUGAAAAAAAUCACCAAAUCAAGUGAGUUUCAUAGUUGAACGAUCGCAUUUCCCUAUUUAUCUAUAUUUCUCCAGUAUUUUAUACUGCGAAUUCCAUAUUAUUCUUGGUCUUUGAUGUCUCGCAUUGUAAACCGAUACGGAAUGACAUUAUCAAUAAAAAUUACGUAUUUUUUUUUGUAAUUUUUAUUAAAAAAAUUUUCUCCGUAUAGUGAAAAUAAAUUUGUACAUUGAAGCUGCGUCCGUUGGUUUCCAAAAAAUAUUAAAAAUAAAACUAUAAGUAUUUUAAAAAGA